AGAGAGGUUGAAAUGAAUGGCGUCACACUAUCCACCACAAAGUAAAUACUAGAAAAAAGGAAAUGAAAUGGAAUGAGAAUCCAUAGUUCCCUGUCACAAUCACUUUCUUCUUUUUCUUUUUCACAUUUUCAAAUUCCACUUUCUCGAUCGCAUUGCUGUCGCCAUAACCAGAUUCUGUAGAUCGCGCUUCCACGAUGAUGAUGUCCACUGGUGACCUUCUCAACAUCGAACCCGUCGAACUCAAGUUCUUAUUUGAGCUCAAGAAACAGAUCUCGUGUUCUCUUCAAUUAUCAAAUAAGACAGAUAGCUAUGUUGCUUUCAAGGUAAAAACGACCAAUCCCAGGAAGUAUUGCGUUCGUCCAAACACUGGAGUUGUUUUGCCUCAAUCUACAUGUGAAGUUAUAGUUACUAUGCAAGCGCAAAAGGAAGUUCCCCCUGAUAUGCAAUGCAAGGAUAAGUUUCUUCUUCAAAGUGUACGAGUAAAUGAUGGUGCUGACGCGAAGGAGAUUACUCCCGAAAUGUUUAACAAGGAAGCAGGGCAUGUGGUUGAGGAGUGCAAAUUGAGAGUGGUAUAUGUCGCUCCACCUCAACCUCAAUCUCCAGUCCCAGAAAGUUCUGAGGAAGGAUCAUCACCUAGAGGUUCUGUUACUGAAAAUGGAAAUGCCAAUGGUUCUGACUCCACAACGGUGAUGAGAGGAUUUACCGAACGAAAUGGGACUCCAGAAAAAUCUGCAGAGGCAAAAGCUCUUAUGUUAAGGCUGACUGAAGAAAAGAAUAAUGCAAUUCAACUAAAUAGCAAGCUGCGUCAGGAACUGGACAUGCUGAGACGUCAAAGCAACAAAAGUCGUGGUAAUGUCUCCAUGAUCUUUGUCAUAUUAAUUGGUUUACUUGGCUUAAUUAUGGGGUAUCUCCUGAAGAAGACCUAAGCUUUUUUCGGGCAUUGGAUCUUUCAUCAUACUUCAUAGUUUCCCUGUUGUUCUUGACUACUCAAUUGAAGAAAUGAUGACGAAAGGCAAAAUAGGUUAAUUUAGCUGGCGUUUUUUUUCUUCUCUCUUUUCCGUAAGGAUCUUUAGCAAUUCGAAUGUAGAAACAUUAAUUGAAAGUGUGGGUCAGUUGGUUGAAGAGCAUAUUAUUGUGAAUUCACUCAUGCUUUCAGUAACAAACAUUCUUUUUGUAACUUAUGGGAAAUUUGUUGUGUGGUUCAAUUAGUCGAGCUAACGAAGACCACUAGUAAAAUGCAAAGUAAGAAUAAGAAACAUUCUUUUUGUAACUUAUGGAAAAUUUGUUGUGUGGUUCA